AUGCCGCCUCCUUCAGAUCAAAGGGCCAAUAUUGAACCCCCGCCAGAAAUCACCACAGAAGCCGCCAAAGGCUUCAUGACCGGCGUGUUUCGCUUCGGCUCCGUCUCUCUAUUAGCCCAUAUGAUCAUGGUCCUCCCCCAUCCCUUCACCUUCUCCGCACCUACUCCGCCCGUCACCCCCGAAUCGCAACCCCGUCCCCGCCCGUCACCCUUCUCCCGCGAGUAUCUCCGCUCUCGACUCUUCUACCGCCCACUGGAGGGCUUCUCCGAGUGGAUCUCGCCUACGGCGCGCAUCUACCGGGGCCUGACGCCACAGUUCAAGGUCUUUCUGCAGAUCGCAGCCAUGACCCUGGGCGGCUGUAUCUGGGCCGAGAAGCGCGUCACGGAGUACAUCGAAUUGAUCCGACGGAUCAAACGGGCGGAACGAGUACAGAUGGAGAGGGCGCAGGGCUCUCGUCCAUAA